AUGUCUCCAAUUACCACUCUCAUACUCUCUCUCCUCUUCCUCUCCGUCACAAUCGUCGCGGCAGAUGAUGGCGACACCACCCUCACACCCUACGAAGCCCUUCAAUCCUACAAUUUUCCCGUGGGUAUACUCCCAAAAGGCGCUAAAGGCUACGAUCUCGACAAAUCCACCGGCAAGUUCAAUGCUUAUUUGAACGGUUCUUGCAGUUUUUCUCUGGAAGGCUCGUACCAACUCAAAUACAAAUCAACAAUUAGUGGCCAUAUAUCCAAAGACAAGCUCACAAAUUUGGAUGGUAUCAGCGUGAAGGUUUUUUUUCUGUGGCUUAACAUUGUGGAGGUUGUGAGGAGUGGUGAUGACCUUGAGUUCUCGGUGGGCAUUGCUUCUGCGAACUUCCCCCUUGAUAAUUUCGAGGUUUGUCCGCAGUGUGGGUGUGGAUUGGAUUGCAAUGGUAAUGGCUCUGGGCAAGUAAGGAAGAUUAGAAAAAACCCUUUCGUCUCUUCCGUUUAG